GAAGGAUCAAAACAACGAAGUCCGAGGACUCUUGGAUGCUGCUGGGAACAGCAGGAGGGUGAUGUGACAGAGUAGACCGCCUGCGUUGACUGACCUAAGGAAGUUGGAGAUGAGGAUUGUGAGGUUCUGGAGGACUGAAGUGAGAGGUGGGGUAAACAGGCUGUGUGUUGGGACCUAUAGUCUACUGCUCACUGUGCUGCUCCAUCUACUACUCCCUCUUACUUCAUCCAGCAGUGCCUGGAGUCAGAGUGGAGCCCCACGCCUACAGCUCUCCCAAACAGAGCUGCGCUCUAGGAACAGUUCGGCAGUGUUCUGGGAUGGAGGGGAGAGAGGAGGAUACCAGGCUUUGUUACUGGAUGAGGACCGUGGCUGGCUACUGGUUGGAGGACGAGACCACGUCUACAUGCUGCAGUCUGACAGCUUAGUCCGUUCUGCACGCAAGAUUCACUGGCCAGCUGCACGAGAACAUAUUGAGCGAUGCAAACAUGCAGGGAAGAAUCUUUUGAUGGACUGUGCCAAUUACGUGAGACUCCUGCAACCUUUCAAUAAGACUCAUGUCUAUGUGUGUGGAACCGGCGCUUACCACCCCCAAUGCACUUACAUUGACCUGGGCCACAAUAUCGAGGAGCCAACGUUUAAAUUACAGACCCACACUGUUGAAUCUGGAAGGGGGAAGUGUCCGUUCAGUCCACAGGAGCCUUUCACAGCCAGACUGACAGAUGGAGGGCUAUAUUCAGGAACUUCGGUUGACUUCAUGGGGAACAACGCUGCUAUAUUUCGCACACCAGUGCAUGGCAACAGUCAGCAUUACAUCCGCACUGAGGCUUAUCAGGACCACUGGCUAAAUGAGCCAGAAUUUGUGGGCUCAUACUCCAUCCCAGACACACACAGUGUGGAUGAUGACAAGGUCUACUUCUUCUUCAAAGAGACAGCAGUGGAAUCCAACCAGUUCGACAAGCGUAUCUACAGCAGAGUAGCCAGAGUGUGCAAGAAUGACAUAGGAGGGAAGAGGAGUCUUAUUAACCGUUGGAGCACUUUCCUGAAGGCUAGGCUGGUGUGUUCAGUACCAGGCCCUGGGGGAAUGGACACACACUUUAACGAGCUGGAGGACAUCUUUCUGUUGGAGACCAAAGAGCCCCAGAAUCCAGUCAUUUAUGGGGUCUUCUCAACUUCUAGCUCCAUCUUCAAAGGUUCAGCUGUCUGCGUCUACUCCAUGGCUUCUAUUCGAGCUGCGUUCAAUGGGCCUUUCUCCCACAAAGAGGGUCCUGACUACCGCUGGGUAGAGUACAAGGGAAAAAUCCCAUAUCCACGGCCAGGAACGUGUCCCAGUGAGACCUACGACCCCUUGCAUAAGUCCACUCGAGAUUUCCCUGAUGAGGUUGUCAGCUUCAUGAGGAGCCAUCAGCUCAUGUGGGAGCCUGUGAUGCCCAUCCAUAGACGUCCGGUUUUCACCAGGAUCAACACCUCCUACAGGCUCAAGAAGGUUGUGGUGGACAGAGUGGAUGCAGAGGACGGCCAGUAUGAUGUUCUCUACCUGGGCACAGAUAAUGGCAAGGUGCUGAAAGUGGUCUCCGUACCCAAGGAGCAUGGAGUGGCUGAGGAGGUUGUUCUAGAGGAGCUGAGUGUCUUCCAGAGUCAAACCCCCAUACUGAAUAUGGAGCUUUCUACCAAACGGCAACUGCUGUUUGUGAGCAGCGAGGAGGGAGUGGCUCAGUUACCGCUGCAGCGCUGUGAGCUCUAUGGCAAGGCCUGUGUCGACUGCUGCCUGGCCAGGGACCCCUACUGCGCCUGGGACGGGACCGCCUGCAGCAGCUACUUCCCCAGCAACAAGAGGCGUGCCCGCAGACAGGAUGUGAGGUAUGGAGACCCCUGGAGCCAGUGUCAGGACCUGGGAGAUGGCUUGGAAGACAUUGAGCUGAAAGUGGUGUAUGGAGUGGAGUAUAACUCCACCUUUCUGGAGUGUGUGCCUCGCUCUCCUCAGGCCACGGUCAAAUGGAUAAUGCAACAGAACCAGGCUCAUUCCAGCAGAGAGUUGCUCCAUGGAGAGGAGAACCUGAUCCACAUGCAGCGUGGUCUUCUUAUUCAGCACCUUACCACCACAGACUCCGGCUUCUACAUGUGUACGUCUCACGAGCACUCUUUCUCCCGAACGCUAGCCCGCUACAACCUACAAGUCAUCCCCCAACAGCAAAUGGCAGCCGCUCAGAGCCGCUCGACAGAACCAAAGCCUGCUGGGAACUACGCCUACUCGCCGCAAAGCUACAAAGAUCUCCAUCUGAUGGGCGUGAGCGGUUUGAACGCGGACGAGUAUUGCGAGCAGCUGUGGUAUCGUGAGAAACGCAGACAACAGAAGCUCCGCACACUCAAGUGGAAGCAGACGGUGGAGAGCCGCAAAGCACGAGUUAGGAGACACAAUCCUCCUUACGAGCCUCUCCAGUGAAGGGGAGCUUAAGACUGAAGGAGAAAGGCGUCAGAGCCUGCCUGGAUUCAGUGCCAUCUUGUUUCAGAAUUAGCUAAAAUUUGCUGCUUGGUUUGCUGCUAACUAUGCUUGUGCAGCUUACAGAAGCUAUUUAACUUAAACAGUUACAGGAUUAAACAUCGUUGUUCUUGGUCUUGUCAAGUUUUUUUAUUUAGCAGAGGCGCCAUCCUGUCAUCACAGCUCCAUUGUGCCAAUGCUAGCUCAUUGAAGGUAUCCACUUGACUAUAGAAACGGGCUAAUACUGAACCAAAAUGGUAUCCGGGCAGCACUGGAUUAACCGCAGGGCAAAUACAAACUGACUUUUGCUCGGAGCGGUCGUCUAGAUCUCAUUAAGCUUUGUGGGUUCAGUCAUCGCCUGCCUUCCCUCUUACAUUAAGCAUAUGGACUCUUUUGUUACAAACAAGAAUUACUCACCUCAGGCCUCUCAGAGAAGGACUUUGGACCAUGUUCUGACAACAGCAGGUGUCUCUGAACAUUUGGAGGAAGCUUGCCGUGCCAUUCUUACGCAACCCAGGAUGUUCCCCUCAUUUCUUUCCUUCCCCUCCAUGAACAAUGCCUUCUGGGGCCUUUUCCUUUGAACAAAAGCGACACAGUCUGGUUUAUGUUUUGUGACUUCUUUUAUUUUGGACAUAAGAUAGAAUAAAGAAACAUCACAGUUUGUAACAAUUAUACUAACCAUGGUGUUUUUGCUGGGUUGUGUCAUGGAAGAGAUAUCAAAGGUCUAAGCAUCUGGGAGAAAUGAGAAUGAAUUCUUUCAAAGUUUUUUUUUGGUGCCCAUGAAAAUGACUUCCAGAAUCCCUGUGACGAUUGGAUGGUAUGUUGGAAGCCCUUUGUUGUCAUCCUUACUAAAUGAAUGGAAACUCAUGGAGCGUGGAGCUUGAAACAGGCACAUGGGGUCCUAUUGCAAAAAUGGUCCCUUGUAAUGUGUGAUACUCUAAAUUCAUAUAGGAAUGUGGAAUGUUAGUGCUUUACUUUAUGUAUAACUGUAUAUUCACCUUAAUCAGUAACAGCCUGGCUGUCACCAACAGAGGAAGUUCACUUAGAAACACAAAGAGUGGUUAAGUGGUUAAGCUUGUUCAGAGCAACAUACUCAAAACUGAUGUACUGCUCAGAAUAUGUGUUUAUUAAAAUUUACAACCUUUUUCAGAGACCACAUUAAUGUUAUAAUCAACAAAAACUAUUCAGAACGUUUUCCUGUUUCAGUGAAUGUGUUAUUUAUACAACAUAUCAGAGGAACUAAAUCUGUGCAGUCGUGCUUUUAUCAAUUGCUGAAGAAAUAGAUUCACACCAUUUUAUUUUACUUUUUAGUGAUCUCAGAGAAGUGUGUGUUGUUCAGUAGUGUUUUUCUUGUGUGGUUCCUAACUCUAACAGAACAGGUGGUGUUCAGUAAUGGACUGUACUUACUAACAAUAAGCUGUUUCUGACACAGGAUGUUUUUGAACGGCCGUAAAUACAUUUGUAUGUACAGUUGAUCAUCUCCAUCUAGUGUUCAUUUUGGGCCAGUGCAUGGA